CACGAAUCACCGACGACAUUUGACAUCAGUUUGCAUUUGGACGGCUAGUAUGCAAGACAGCGACGCUCCUAAACCCAUUUUGUUUUCGUACUGGCGCAGCAGCUGCUCGUUCCGCGUGCGCAUAGCGCUCGCGCUCAAGCACAUAGCGUACGAGUACCGUGGCAUCGGCGACGACCUUGACUCGGCGGCGUACGUGGCACUCAACCCGAGCAAGAAAGUACCGACGUUGUGCAUCGACGACGUUAUCCUGACGCAGUCGAUGGCAAUCUUGGAGUACCUCGACGAGACGCGCCCGACGAUCGCGUCGCUGCUGCCACCCGACGUGACGCUUCGGGCCAAAAUCCGCGCCUUUUGCCUCAUCAUCGUCGCCGACAUGCAGCCGCUUCAAAACGGUGCGGUCCUCGAGGAAAUCGAAGCGCUUGCAACCGACGACAAUGACGCCAGCAUGACAUGGGCAACGCACUGGAUGCACCGCGGCUUUCAAGCGCUCGAGCGCAUUUUGGCGACCACUGCGGGGACCUACUGCUUUGGGGAAUCGGUCUCGCUCGCCGACGUUGUCCUUUACCCGCAAGUGUUUAACGCCCGGUUUUAUGCAAUCGACCUCGACGGAUAUCCGAAUAUUCAGCGCGUGGCCGCGACGCUCGCCACGCUUCCGGCUUUUCAAGAGGCGGAUCCGUACAAAAUGCCCGACGCGCCAACGCAACAAGCAUAAUGUCAUGUGUAACGUGGACACAUUGCCUUCCGCCGUCGCAUCGUCUUUGUGGUUCGAUUGUUGGAUUUGAGAACUAGGAUAAUGGAUGGUCGACUUGUCAACCUGACAUUCGAGGAUGUUGUAGCACUUGGCCUCACCACAGCGUGUAAAACGAUCUUAAAU